AUGUACGAGGGCAAGCGGUUUGAAUCGGUGGCACAAUCUCUUUCCGCUCGAAGCUACUUGCGCGCAAUCAAACCCUACACGCCACCGGAAAACGUUGCCGAGCAGGUGCUUAAGUUGGCCAAAGAGAACGGUUUGAUCGACGCCAGGCAGCCGUUCGGUGGGAUGGAGAAGAAAUUUGCAUUUCUGUCGGCAUGCGGCAAAGCGCUCGGGCACUGGGUACCGAAUUCAAUGCUGCACGAGGUACAAACCGUGGAGGAUGCCACGAUAUUCUACCAAACACCAAUCGACACACGACUUCCGUUCGAUGCUGUUGUGUCUUUGGCUUGA